UUUCGCAAAAAAUGAAACUUUUAGGAGCUCUCGUAUUUCUGGGUCUUUGUUUUGAAAUUCAAUCGGCAGCGACUCGUUUCUGUGGUCAAAAUUUGGUACAAAUACUGGAAGCCGUUUGUGUGGAUGGCUUCAAUGGCAUGGACAUUAGUAAGAAAUCCAUACACAAACCAUCCCACCACGGACUUGCGGAUUUAUUUGAAAUGAAAGAAGUCGACAAUGAAAAGCACACCAAUGGCAUUUCCAAUUCUCUCAUUAAUGACAUGUUGUACAAUGGAGAAUUGAAUGGAUUGGCUAAAACACGCAGACAAAGACACCUACAUGGUGUUUACGACGAAUGCUGUCGAAAAGGUUGUACUUUAAAUGAACUUGCCGGCUACUGUCUUUAAGAGAAUAAUGAUGCGCAUAGAAAUAUU